AUGUUGUCUCGCGCGACGUCGAGGGCGGCGACGCGCCUCGCCGCGGCCGCGUCCGCGGCGGCGUCGUCGUCGUCGACGAGCGUCGUGACGCGCGGCGCGGCGGGACGCGCGGUCGCGAGCGAGGUCUCGACCGCGAGCGAAGGCUUCGGCAUCGGAAGAAUCGUCAGCAGCGCUUCCGGAGCGCGAACGCGCGCGGGACGGGCGUCCGCGCGAUCAUUCGCGUCGUCGUCGUCCGCGCGCGAGGCGCUGCCCGCGGACGACGCCAUCGAGAGGCGGCUCGACGAGAUGCUCGCGGAGAAGAAGACCCGCCCGACCGGACCGCCGCCGUUCACGCACGCGGCGUCUCUCGCGACGACGAAGCGCGCGACGACGACGACGUCGACGUCGACGUCGUCGUCCCCGCUCGCGGCGUCGGCCUCGUUCGACGUCGAGGAGCCGGAGACGCUCGCGGACGAAGACACCGCGCGCGUCGACCAGAGGGCGACGCAAGUCCGCGCGUGCUUCGUCGGCGCGAACAUCGACAUCGGCGCGAUAGAGAAGGAGAUGCCGACGCACAAGAAGGAAAAGUUGGCGGACUGCGUCGUGAUCACGUUGCAGCCGCCGCUGCCGCCGGGGCUGGCGGCGGCGAUGGAGGCGGCGGGAGGGAGGGGUAACAAAGAGGGCGACGGCGGCGCUGGAGCGCAAACUACGAAAAAGGCGGCGGCGGCGGCGGCGGGUCAGGUAACGCCCGCGCACGUCGAGCCGCCGUUGAUUUACAGGCGAGCCGAUCGACUCGGACUGGGGAAGAAGAGGAGCCCUCUGUUUGACGCCAGCGGGCAACUGAGCGGGUCGCCGCUGACGUACGACGUGGGCGCGACGCGGUAUUUCGUCGUGUACAAGUACGGCAGCGUGGUGUUCUUCAACGUGGGACGGCGCGAACGCGAGCAGUGCCUCAAGUUGGCGCGCAAGUAUUGUCCGAAAGCGUGCGAGGGUUCGGGAUCAACGGACGAGAUCAACGUGUUCGUGCGACCGAGCCUAGAGGACACGUACGCGUUCGACGAUAAAGUGUUGGUGGUAAAAGGCCUGGACAUCAACAACGUGAGCGUCGUCGGCGAGGUCCUCGCGCAGUCCGUGGCGUUGCACUUCCACGAGGAACGCGUCAACACCCUCAUCGAGGAGUGCAGCGUGUUGAACAAAGAGACGGGGAAAUCAGGGAAGAUGCAGAUCGAGAAGAAGCGGCUGUUUAAGCUCGUCGCGGACGUGAACGAGACGCUCACGGAGGUGUCGACGCGCAUAGGCAUCAACUCGCGGUCGGAGACGGUGUGGAAGUAUGAAGAGUACGACAAGGCGUGGAGCGUGUUGCGGAAAGAUUUCGAGCUCGUGUCGAGGUUCGAGUCGUUGGAUUACAAGCUGAACAUCAUCCAGUCGCAGGUGAAGUUUUACCUGGAGCUCCUCGCGAAUCAGAAGAGCGACUUUUUGGAGUGGACGAUCAUCGUCCUCAUCGCGAUGGAGAUUUGCGUGUCGUUGUACGACAUAUUCGAGAGGAAAGGGGGCGGGAUCGAGGAGAUUUUAGCCGCGUUCGGGUUGUAG